CCACUGCCCUGGGGGGCCUUGGCUUGGGCUGUGGGCUUCGUGGGCUCCGUGGGCUCUGGGGACCCCGCGCCCGGUGGUGUGUGCUGGCUCCAGCAGGGCCGAGAGGCCACCUGCAGCCUGGUGCUGAAGACCGACGUGAGCCAGGCGGAGUGUUGCGCCUCCAGCAACAUUGACACCGCUUGGUCCAACUUCACUCACCCAGGGAACAAGAUCAGCCUUCUGGGCUUCCUGGGCCUUGUCCACUGCCUCCCCUGCAAAGAUUCGUGCGAGGGCGUGGAGUGCGGCCCCGGCAAGGCGUGCCGCAUGCAGGGGGGCCGCCCGCGCUGCGAGUGCGCGCCCGACUGCGCGGGGCUCCCGGCGCGCCUGCAGGUUGGCUCGGACGGCGCCACCUACCGCGACGAGUGCGGCCUGAGGGAGGGGCCCGCCCGCGGCCGGACCGCGCCCCUGACCCGCCCCGGCGCCCCGCCCGCAGAGUCGUGCGCGCACGUCCUGUGCCCGCGGCCGCAGUCGUGCGUGGUGGACCAGACGGGCAGCGCUCACUGCGUGGUGUGUCGCGCGGCGCCCUGCCCCGCGCCCUCCAGCCCCGGCCAGGAGCUCUGCGGCAACAACAACGUCACCUACAUGUCGUCGUGCCACCUGCGCCAGGCCACCUGCUUCCUGGGCCGCUCUAUCGGCGUGCGCCAUCCCGGCAGCUGUGCAGGCACUCCUGAGCCGUCAGACGCGGGGUCCGAGGAGGAGGAGGAGAACUUCGUGUGAGCCUGUGGGGCCGGCUUGGGCCUGGCGUUCAAGGCCUCCCCGUUUUAUUUAUUGCCACAGCCGAGUCUAAUUUAUGUCCCAUGGACGCUCCCCAGAGCCUGGACCGGGACCACCUGGCCCCCCCCCCCCGGGAGCCCUCUGACAAUAUCUUGGAAGGUUUGGGGGAAGGAAGCCUGGGAGUGUGGCUGGUGGGUGGGGCCCCCUUCCCAGGCACCAUGCUGCCCAAGAGGACCCCAUGCUGCUUCUGCUCUAGGGGCUAACUUAAUUAUCGCUACCACGGAGAGGGCUGGGGACUCACCCCUGCCGUCAAUUAAUGACGAAGCACCCCAGCCUUCUAGACGACAGACCGGGAGUAAGGAAGGGGUCCACAGCCUGGGUCUGUAUAAAUGAACCUCAGAAUCUGCCCAGGCCUCCGAUAGGCCAAGGAAGCAGCCACUGUCCCCAGCCCGCUCAAGAACUCCAGGGUUUACCUUCCCUCUCCCCAUUUCCCUAGUGCAUCCUGUGGUGGCCCCUGUAAAAGCCCAGCUUGUCUCCUGGAGUGGGCUGAGGGGUGGGGGUACUACCUGUGUCUCCUGACAUGGGCCUCAGGCCAGCAUCAGCCCAGAAGGGGGCAUUAUGUCCAGUGGUGCCCAGUGCACUUGGGGUGGGACCCGGUGGGGUGCAGGAGUUCCUGCUUACCCACUGGCCCACGGUGGGGUGUAUGUGCCAGGACCCACUGCAUACCCUGCCUCCCGGAGCCACGUGUCUGAGUGGCACCCCUAGUGCCUGCUGCCCCAUCCUCAGGUGAGGUCCAGACCAGAACCCCUCAGUCCCACGAGACUGGUCCUGGCCAAGCCUCCAAGCCCAGUUCCCAACUGGACUCCCCUCACCGACUGGCCGGCUCAGGAGUCUUGACACCAGCCAGAUGCUGGCCUUGGGCAGAGUCCCUGCUUUCUGUCUGGGCUGUUGCUUGGUGUCCCCACCCCGUGUCUGCAUGUGGACCAGAGGCUGAGGCCACACGUGGGGGGCCCAGUGGGCAAGAGCCCAGCUCCCCGAGUUUGGGGAGAGGAGCACAGGGGCAGUUCUAUCUUCUCCUAACCCCUCAGAAGUGCCUUACCUGUGAUCCCGAGAAGUGCCCUUGAGUAAUGGGUUCACCUGAGCCCCCCCACACACACACACAAGGCCACCUCCCCCAGCCUGGGGUCCUGCCUCACCAAAGAAAUAAAGACUCCACUUUGGAGUGUCCAAGUCUU